ACUUACUCAUUUACACAUCUUCACUUCCUUUUAAGAUCAAAUUUUAGUCGAAUUAUCUUGUGUUCUACUGUUCUUUUGAGAAAAAUGCAGUACCAGACAGCCGAUUCAUGGGGUUUCUACGUGCCAAUGAGGAGCAGGAACAUGGAGGAUCCACUGGAGAGAGUUGCGAAGCUGGCUUCAGAGAGUGCAGUGGUGAUUUUUACUUUGAGUGGUUGUUGCAUGUGCCACGCUGUGAAGAGGUUGUUUUGCGGAAUGGGGGUGAACCCGACUGUGUACGAGCUGGAUCAUGAUCCCAGAGGGAAGGAGAUUGAGAGAGCAUUAAUGAGGUUGCUUGGAAGUUCUUCUGCAGUUCCUGCUGUGUUCAUUGGUGGCAAACUGAUUGGCUCCAUGGACCGAGUCAUGGCUUCCCAUAUUAAUGGCAGUUUAGUCCCACUUCUCAAGGAAGCUGGAGCUCUUUGGCUUUGAGUUUUGACAAAUAAUAAAUAACAACAUCAGUCUAAUUUUAAUGCAGAUUAUAAAGGAGGAAG